AUGCGCAUUUCUAAGGGACAGCACCCUGCCACCAACCUGGGUUUUGUCUUUGCAUGUGGUCCAAGGACACGUGCGUUCAGAAUCCUUCAGAUACCAGAUACGUACCUUUUUGUCCAGAAUCCAUGGACUUACUGUCAAGUGAAUAUCCGCUCAACGAAAAUGCGAAGAUAUCGAUGGAACAGGCUUUUUGCAUUGAGGAAGCCGAGUGAGGGUUGGGAUUAA